UGCUUCAUAAAGGGCGCCGUUACAAUAGGUUUACUGUUGCUCUGACGACUGAGGGGACACAAUGAGACUGAAUGUGCUGGUCUGAUGCUUCCCUGCUCCUCUACAUUUUUCACUUGAUGACAAGGAGGACAGACUGAGACGGGACAGCAUGUUAUCAGAGGACGCCCCUGAAGUAACCUCACGGACUAAUGGGGCUUAUACUGCUGAGCCUGAUUCUUCGGUACUGGAUCAACACCGUGGAGGGAUCAUGUUCAUCUGGCAGCGCCGCGACUUGUGAUGAAUGUCUGCAGCUCAGCUCCCAAUGUGCCUGGUGCACACAGGAGAACUUCACAGACUGGUUUUCAGUCAGCGAACGGUGCGACACACUGGAUAUCUUAUUAGAAAAGGGGUGCACCCGGAGCCAGCUGCAGUUCCCUGUCUCCAAAGGUCAAAUCCUGCUGGAUCUCCCACUCGGGAAGAAGACCGGCAACGUUAACAGCACUCAGAUCUCGCCACAGAAAAUGGCACUCAAGCUGCGACCUGGCAGUCAGGUGACGUUCCAGGUCAAGAUUCAACACACAGAGGACUACCCUGUGGACCUGUACUACCUGAUGGACCUGUCAGCGUCCAUGUUCGACGAUCUGAAGAAGAUUAAAGACCUGGGCUCCUCUCUGUCCAAAGAGAUGGCCAAACUCACCAGUAAGUUUCGAAUGGGCUUCGGCUCUUUUGUGGAGAAACCCGCGCUGCCCUUCAUCAAGGUCACAGAGGAAGAGCUGGCCAACCCCUGCAGCGGGGUUGGCUUCACGUGCCUGCCAACUUUUGGGUACAAGCACGUCUUGUCCCUGACGAGCAGCACGGACAAGUUCAACGAGAUAAUUGCGAGACAGCAAGUAUCCGCAAACACGGAUGUGCCGGAGUGUGGUUUUGACGCCAUCAUGCAGGCGGCUGUUUGUGGGGACAAGAUCGGCUGGAGGAAUGACUCGAUGCGUUUGCUGGUGUUUGUCAGUGACGCCGACUCCCACUUUGGGAUGGACAGCAAGAUGGCCGGCAUCGUGAUCCCUAAUGAUGGGCAGUGUCACUUGGACGACAACAACGAGUACGCCCUGUCCACGGUGCAAGAGUAUCCAACUCUCGGGCAGCUGAUUGAUAAAGUGGUGGAGAACAACAUCUUAUUGAUAUUCGCAGUGACGAACGAACAGACACCCAAGUAUAAGAACUAUGCAAAUCUCAUUCCUGGCGCCACAGUCGGAGACCUGGCCAAAGAUUCACGGAAUGUCUUGGAGCUGAUUGUGACGGCGUACAAGGAGCUGCGUUCAGAGAUCGAACUGGAGGCCCUCGGAGACACAGAAGGGCUGCAGAUGUCUUUUACAUCCCUUUGUCCGGAUGGGACCGUCCUGCCGGAUCUAAAACGCUGCUCCAACAUCAAACCUGGAGAGAUGGUGGUCUUCAACGUGUCCGUGGCGCUCCCAGGGUGCCUGUCGGGAGUCCGGCACUUCUCCCUCAAACCGGUGGGUCUGCAGGACAGUCUGGAGGUGGAACUGGAGUCUCUUUGCUCGUGUGACUGCCGGCAGCCACCUGAAGCGGACGGCAGCCGGUGCACCGAGGGCCAGGGGGCAUUCCAGUGCGGCGUGUGCGCGUGUCAGCCGGGGUUCCUGGGAGCAGAGUGCGAAUGCAGCGAAGAAAGCGCUUUGUUGAGUAACUGCCUGGCGAACAAUGAGUCCGUGCUAUGCAGCGGUCAGGGCCAGUGCUACUGUGGCCAGUGUGUGUGUCACGCGUCCAGCUUUGGACGCGUCUACGGGCCGUACUGCGAGUGUGACAAUUACUCCUGUGUCCGCUUCCGCGGGGAGCUCUGCGGAGGUCACGGCGUGUGUGACUGCGGACAGUGUCUCUGCGAGAGCGGCUGGUCGGGGGAGUAUUGUAACUGCAGCACCAGCGCGGAGGCGUGCAUGUCGGAGGACGGCGCGCUCUGCAGCGGCCGGGGGAGGUGCGAGUGCGGCCGGUGCGUCUGCUCCCUGCCUGGAGCAUCUGGGGACAACUGUGAGAAGUGCGCUACGUGUGGGGACGCCUGCAGCUCUGCAAGGGCCUGUGUGGAGUGCCAUCUGGAAGAUAAGGACGACGCGGAGACUUGUGAUCAAACAUGCAGCGUCCCUAAGAUUUUCAUCAACGCAACAGCAGAUUAUGACAAGGGCCCUUCUAUGAAAUGCACGCUGAUGACAGAGAACGAGUGCCGGAUCUCUUUUCAUGUGGUGGGAGGUGAUACUGGGAUCAUUGCCUACAAUCUCGAGAUGCACGGUUGCCCAGAGCCUCCCAACAUCCCCAUGAUUAUCCUGGGCGUGUCCCUCUCCGUCGUGUGCAUCGGCCUGAUUCUGCUGGGUGUGUGGAAGGUGCUGGUGUCGGUCCACGACAAGAAAGAGGUGGCCAAGUUCGAGGCUGAGAGGUCAAAGGCAAAAUGGCAGACAGGGACCAACCCUCUGUUCAGAAGCUCAACAUCUACGUUCAAAAAUGUAACUUACAGGAACAAUGAGAGAGAAAAGAUUAUUACACUGGAUCAUCACCGAUGAUAAACUGGAGACAACGCUAAACCAACGUCUCAGUGCACUUAGAAGUUUGUGUGUGUGUGUGUGUGUGUGUGUGUGUGUGUGUGUGUAUGUAUAUGUGUGCGCGCGCGAGUUUGUGUGAGACAAAGAGUAAGAGGGAAAUGUCUUGUACCAGGAGUGUUUUUGAAUGAAUCUCUGUGUAGUUUCAGAGAUGCUGUCACACAGUAGAUGACACUGUGAACAGAUUGUGAUGAAUUUCCUGCUGUAAAAGUGCACUGCCGUUAAUGUACUGUCACACACUGCACUCCCCUGCUGCAUGACCCCACGAACUUUUGACACAUUUGUGUCCACUGUAACAUGCAGCGUGGAAAGGAGGCGUACGAGUGGUCUACUACUGAAACAAAUGUUUUAUUCUAAUGAAUGUAAAUAGGCAGGUGGAUGAUUAUUAUGUUUUUUUUAAAUAUUGUGUUUGUUGUUUUAUCGUAAAGUAAGGCUGAGCCUUCGAUGUUGACGGUUAAGACUUUUAGUGGCAUGGCACAUAAAUAAAGUUGAAUUUUGACUUAUUGUAAAAUAGCAUUUAAGGGUGUAAGAUAUUGAUAGGAUUGAUUUGAUUUGGAGGAUUUCAAGUUUUGUUUACGGUGAGAGUCGUCACUUUAUUCCCUCUUUCCAGGCCAGUGAUGGAAAAUUAAAGUGCAUUUUCUACUUUGA